GCGCAGCAGGCUGUACUUGUAAGCAGUGAAGGUAGAGUGGCAAAUUUCAGUCAAUACGAUGGCUGGUUAUUCGGUGGCAGAUGUGCUAUUAGUCACCAGUUCAUGUUAUUGCUGCAUACAGCAACCCUCGAAUAACGAGCUGAUCUCUGGUGAUUGCAAUCUAUGCAAUUCCAUCACUUGCGCACUCCCUGCAUUAUCAAGGUCGUACUACUAAGCUGUUUGCGCACCAUCGCCUCGAUGGCGCUGGCAUGUGUAACUUGGAUUCGCCUGCCAUGAGUCACUUCCCUGUUGAUACAGAGUACUCUCUACUCUGUUUCUCGUUAUUUUGCCCUGUUGGGUAAUUUGGCCCCAUGGCUCUACUGAGUACUGAGAGUGCCUCAUUCAGGUGCAGAAUAGCUCGGACCCCGGGCGAUGAUCUCCUGUGACAGUGAGAAUGGCCUGCAUAAUAUCGCUCAUGCUUCUUGAUAGUACUCU